AUGAUUCUUCCUUCUUCCUGGAAACUGCCGAAUCCUGUAUCAUCUCAGCCAUCUGAGCAAAUUAGCGACACCUCUUACGCUGCAGAAAGUAACGCAACGGAACGGCCGCUGGUCGAUUACUUACAUUUGGGGGACUUGAAAAAUGGUUUCAAAACCCAGCCCAGCGAGACUAUGAGCAUGCUUCUUCAAGCAGAAGGGGGUCAAAGAGCCUUUGCAUCUGUCUCACCGUCGCUGCGACAUGCGCACUCGACCAAACCGGUCGCAAUUAUUUCGUCUUCAGGCGUUCCUUUUCACUCUGGAGCUGGUUCUGUUGCGGCGCGUGCGGUGCUGAAUCAAGAACGUGGCACCUUCCACAAAAACCGGAAGGAAUAUCCAGUUUAUUACACGAAGCAAAGUCUGUCUGGCAGACGAUAUGCUUCGAAGUUACUACCGUACACCCAGCGCACAAAUACUGGCAAGGAACGAAGUAGAAGGCAGGUCACACAUAGUGACCCGGCACACACGGCGGAAGCGACUCCAGUUGAUUCGGCUUCCAUAGAAAGCGCGUCUAGUCGGUUGUCUUUUUCUUCAGCUUUGUGUUUCGAUUGUAAGCAAGAGCGCCACGUGCUAGCAGCCGAUACUGCAGCGGGGUUGCCGCCAAGAAAUCGAUCGGCAGAAAACUCAGACGAUACUUCAGCGUUCCCGUUGCUCUUCAGUUGGAACGGUCGAAGUUCAAGUUCCAAAAACACAGCUUCUCCACAGCUCUCUGCGACCUCGAAUGCGAGUCAGCAUCUGAACACCGAACUUGCGGACCAGCUCCAGCGGUGGAUUGCCAAGGCGCAAUCAGGUUCUGCCGUAUUUCACCAGCUUGCAGGUCCGCCAGAACGGCGAAAAAUCGGGAUGGGUGUUGAGAAAAAGCAGCAGAUUGAGAAGCCACUACGUGCGGAUAUCUUCAGCACUCUGAUCUCCCAAGAAGAUAUUUUAAGGGCCACAGUCGGAGUCUACCGCACCAUCUACCUUUGGCAGCUCUUAGACCGGAAUGACAGAAACUCCACAGAUUCCACCGGCCUUCCGUCCUUCCACUCCCCCUGUAGUUGGCAAGGCAGCAGAACGUUUCCUAAUACUGUCACAGAAGCGCGAAGGACCUCGUCCAGUCGCCUCUCUUCCGAAGACAAGAAUCUUGGCAAACAAUUCGGAACAACCGCUUUUUACGUUGAGCCAGACGCAUCUGAGACAUCUUCCGUUCCCGCGGCACCUGCGUUUGGUGAUGCAUACUCGCAAACGGUUUCGUCGAGUCCUCCCGGCAGUCAGGAAUUUCCCAGGCUUUCCUGUGACCAGUCAGGCACUGAGCAUCUGCCAGUCUGGAUGGCGACGCAGAUGCAUCUAGCCCACAAAAGGGGGGAACCUCUGAAUCCUCAGUACGUGCAAAGCUCGCCAGAUGUGUGGUUACUCCCUUUUGUGUUUCUGAGGUGGCUGGACAUGUGGAAGCGCCAGGUAACGCUUCAGGAAGAGGCAUCGCGUGCCGGCAUGGAAUUCUCCCAAGAGGAGAAAAUGCUCGGAGACGACGAGCAGCGAAGCACCUCGGCACCCGUGGCUCGGCAAACUGACGUUCAAGAGGGCCACGGUAGCGACGCGAGGGCACCUGACGACAAAAAGGGGAUGAAAAAAAGAUUUCUACGAAAGAGUUCUCGACAAGGCUGA